CUCCAUAAUAUCUGACCCCAUUUCAUCAUUUUUCUAUUCAAUCGGGAAAGAAAUUGUCUUUAUUUCAGUUCCUCGAGACAAACUAGGAUCCGAUUAACGGCUUUUCAGCUUCUUACUCUGUUUGUAUUAUUAUUAUUAUUGCUCUGUUACUCUGCUUCUCCUCUGUUUGUCUCUUCCGCUUCUUUAUUUCCCUACCAGGUUUUCCACAAUUCCCAAAAGCAGAGGAACUUUGUUUUUCUCUGGGGCUAUUCGUCUGUUUCAGUAAGUACUCUGCAGUUGCAAACCCUUGAGUAUUCGUAUCAAAGAAAUGGAACUUAAUGUUUCAGGUCCACCCAAGAAGCAAAACCAGAUUCUCCUCCCUCCAAAGAGAGGCCAAAUAAAGAUCAAGAUCAUCAAGACUGUCCUGAAAUCAGCUGCGAAUUGCGUCAACAGCAUCUGUGAAUCAAGGGACGACAAGAAAGAAGUGGUCCUGGGCUUAGCUCAGGCUUCAGAUAAACUACAACCAGGGACAUUUUCCGAUGGAUCACCAGACUCAGCGGAUUGAGUUAUUCUGGUAGCACUGCUCAUAGUCAAUAUAUGUUUCUUGUGAUUUAUAGUAGAGAAUACUUGCUAGCGGACCGUAUUAUUUUUAACUAUUGAUGGAGGCUUAUAUUGCUGAUAUUAGAGGUCCGCUAAACUCCUUCAAUAAAUAAGUUUGUCAUGUACAAAUUAUAUUUCUCUGUUUUUGUUUAUUUUAAGUUUCUAGAAAUGUACUUUGACUUCUGAAUAAAUAUUCAUUCAUUGA